AUGGCGACGGAGCACUGGGAGCAGUGGGUGCACUGGGAGCAGUGGGUGCACUGGGAGCAGUGGGAGCAGUGGGAGCACUGGGAGCAGUGGGAGCAGUGGGAGCAGUGGGUGCAGUGGGAGCAGUGGGAGCAGUGGGAGCAGUGGGAGCAGUGGGAGCAGUGGGUGGUGUGGGUGCAGGGGGUGCAGUGGGAGCAGUGGGUGCAGUGGGAGCAGUGGGUGCACUGGGAGCAGUGGGAGCAGUGGGAGCAGUGGGAGCAGUGGGUGCAGUGGGAGCAGUGGGAGCAGUGGGUGCAGUGGGAGCAGUGGGUGCAGUGGGAGCAGUGGGUGCACUGGGAGCAGUGGGUGCACUGGGAGCAGUGGGUGCAGUGGGAGCAGUGUCACUACCCAGAGAUCAUGACUAUAGGUCCACCACCUGCAGGGUUAGGCGUCCAGCUCGGGUGCAUUGCGAGCGGGGCAGCAGGUGGCUGUACAUUUGAGGAGUCGUACAGCAGCUGUGGGUACAGCGUUUCUCUGGGAACCAAUGGAUUUACCUGGGAACAAGUCAACUCCUGGGAAAAACCGACCAUGGACCCCGCCCUCCCCACAGGUUCAUUCAUGGUGGUGAACGCGUCGGGCCGAGCGUCGGGACAGAAGGCUCACCUGUACAUGCCCACCCUGAAGGAGAACGACACCCACUGCAUCGACUUCCUUUACUCUCUGUCGAGCCGAGACGGAGCCAGCCCAGGCACACUCAACGUCUACAUCAAGGUAAACGGCGGCGCUCAGGGCAACCCGGUGUGGAACGCCUCCGACACUGUCACUGAAGGCUGGGUGAAGGCUGAGCUCGCCAUUUCUACGUUCUGGCCUAACUCCUAUCAGGUAAUAUUUGAAGCAGUUUCAGUCCAAGGCCAUCCGGGUUUCAUCGCCAUCGACGACAUACGUGUUCUGGCUCACCCCUGCCGUAAAGCGCCUCACUUCCUGCGUCUGCAGAACGUGGAGGUGAACGUGGGGCAGAACGCCACGUUUCAGUGUACCGCCGGAGGGAAAUGGUCUCAGCACGAUAAACUCUGGCUGCAGCAGUGGAACGGUAAGGACACAGCUCUGAUGGUGACCAGGGUGGUGAACCACCGGCGUUUCUCUGCCACCGUCAGCGUCGGCGACACGUCGCAGCGCAGCACCAGCCGCUACCGCUGCGUCAUCCGGUCGGACGGCGGCUCGGGGGUGUCCAACUACGCCGACCUCAUCGUUAAAGCUCCGCCCACCCCCAUCGCUCCGCCCGAGCUUCUCGCCGUGGGCGCCACCUACCUUUGGAUCAAGCCCAACGCCAACAGCAUCAUCGGCGACGGGCCGAUCAUCCUGAAGGAGGUGGAGUACCGCACCACUUCGGGGAACUGGGCGGAAACCCACGUGGUCGACGCCCCCACCUACAAGCUGUGGCAUCUGGACCCAGACGUGGAGUAUGAAAUCAAGGUGCUGCUGUCCAGACCCGGGGAGGGAGGGACGGGGCCUCCGGGGCCGCCGCUGGUCACCAGGACCAAAUGUGCAGAUCCAGUCCACGGUCCCCAGAACGUGAACGUGGUGGACGUCAGAGCCCGUCAGCUGACGAUACAGUGGGAGACGUUUGGGUACGCGGUGACGCGCUGCCACAGCUACAACCUGACGGUGCAGUACCAGUACGUGUUCAACCAGCAGGAGUUUGCGGCGGAGGAGCUGAUCCAGACGUCGUCACAUUACACUCUGAGGGGCCUGAGGCCCUUUGUCACGGUCAGACUGAGGCUGGUGCUGGCCAACCCUGAGGGAAGCAAGGAGAGCGAGGAGAUAGUUAAACAGACAGAGGAGGACGUGCCCGGCUCCGUGCCGAUGGAGUCUCUGCAGAAUACGCCCUACGAGGAGAAGAUCUUCAUGCAGUGGAAAGCUCCCAACGAGACCAACGGGGUCAUCACACUGUACGAGAUCACCUACAAGGCCCUGAGCUCGCUGGAUCCCAGCGCCGAUCUGACCACGCAGAGGGGACGGGUGUUCAAGCUGAGGAACGAGACCCACCAUCUGUUUGUGGGUCUCUACCCGGGGACCACCUACUUCUUCACCCUCAAAGCCUCCACCAACAAGGGCUUCGGCCCGCCCGUCACCACCCGCAUCACCACCAAGAUAGCAGCCCCGAUGAUGCCCGAGUACGAGUCCGAGGCUCCGCUGAACGAGACCGAGACCACCAUCACCAUCCUGCUGAAGCCCGCCCAGUCCCGUGGAGCACCUAUCAGCUCCUACCAGCUCGUCGUGAAGGAGGAGCGCAAGUCCAAGACCCGCCGCGCCGCCUCCGAGGCCCCCGAGUGUUUCUCCGCCCCCGUCAGCUUCCGCAACGCCUCCAUCUUGGACUCGUCCUACUACAUCGCCGCCGAGCUCCCGCCGUCCAGCCUCACGGUCGUGCAGCCGUUCACGGUGGGCGACAACAAGAGCUACGGCGGUUUCUGGAACCCCCCGCUGUCUCCCGCCAAGAGCUACAGCAUCUACUACCAGGCCAUGAGCAGAGCCAAUGGGGAAACCAAAAUCAACUGUGUGCGCCUGGCUAACAAAGUGGUAAUAGGUAGGGGACAAAUAACAACGCCGUACAUUCUAGUCAUCCCAAGCGAAGGUGCGUCCACACAGGACUCGGAUGCCAUGGAGCCGGAGAAGCAGGUGGACAGCACGGUGAAAAUGGCCGGAGUGAUCGCAGGGAUCCUCAUGUUCAUCAUCAUCCUCCUCGGCGUCGUCCUCACCUUCAAACGCAGAGAGAUUCACACGUGGAGAACUCUGAGCGUGGGGAAGUUGGCGAAGAAGCAGAAGGAGACGGCCAGCAGCUCCACUCAGCAGAGGGAGAUGGGUCCGGUCACCACGGCUGAUAAGAGCACCACUAAAGUCAGCACCCUGCACAAAGACGACCCCUUCUCCACCUCCAACCAGGACCUCAACGGAUUCACCUCCCCCUCCACCUGCUCCUUCUCUGUGCAGGGGAGCAAGACGCUGCAGAGCAAAUCCCUGCUGAAUUCCUACUACUCAGUGUCCAAAGAGCCGGUUCCCGCCACGACUUCUAUAGACAGUAGCCAGCCCUCGCUCGCCCAGCCCUCUCUGACCCUGCAGAGUUUUCCCUACGGAGGCUGUGAGUCUGUGGAGCUCUCCUACCAGAGUGGUCAGUUCCAGGCCGGCCAGUUUCAGCCGGCUAUUCGAGUCGCCGACCUCCUCCAACACAUCACCCAGAUGAAAUGUGGACAGGGCUACGGUUUCAAGGAGGAAUAUGAGGCCCUGGCAGAGGGACAGACGGCGCCCUGGGAAACGGCCAAGAAGGACGAGAACCGCAACAAGAAUCGCUAUGGCAACAUCAUCGCUUACCCCACAGACGACCACACCAGAGUCCGACUGCAGCUGCUGGACGGAGACCCCCACUCUGACUACAUCAACGCCAACUAUAUUGAUGGGUACCACAGACCCAGACAUUACAUCGCCACACAAGGGCCCAUGCAGGAGACGGUCAGGGAUUUCUGGAGGAUGGUCUGGCAGGAAAACUCGGCCUCUAUCGUCAUGGUUACCAACCUGGUGGAGGUGGGCAGGGUGAAGUGUGUGCGGUACUGGCCUGACGAGACGGAGGUGUACGGAGACAUCAAGGUGACCCUGAUAGAGACCGAACCGCUGGCGGAGUACGUCAUACGGACGUUCACCGUCCAGAAGAAGGGUCACCACGAGAUCCGUGAACUCCGUCAGUUCCAUUUCACCAGCUGGCCCGACCACGGCGUUCCCUGCUACGCCACAGGACUGCUGGGCUUCAUAAGACAGGUCAAGUUUCUCAACCCGCCAGACGCCGGGCCCAUAGUGGCACACUGCAGUGCCGGUGCAGGGAGGACGGGCUGUUUCAUCGCGGUGGACAUCAUGUUGGACAUGGCGGAGAACGAAGGCGUGGUGGACAUCUUCAACUGCAUCCGAGAGCUGAGAUCGCAACGGGUCAACAUGGUGCAGACGGAGGAGCAGUACGUGUUUGUUCACGAUGCCAUCUUGGAGGCGUGUCUAUGUGGGAACACAGCCAUACCCGUGUGUGAGUUCAGAGCCAUUUACUACAACAUCAGCAGACUGGACCCACAGACCAACUCCAGCCAGAUUAAAGACGAGUUCCAGACUCUGAACAUCGUGACGCCCAGAGUCCGUCCAGAGGACUGCAGCGUGGGUUUGCUACCCAGGAACCACGACAAGAACCGCAGCAUGGACGUCCUGUCGGCGGACCGCUGCCUCCCGUUCCUCAUCUCUGUGGAUGGAGAGAGCUCCAAUUACAUCAAUGCUGCACACAUGGACAGCCACAAACAGCCAGCGGCCUUCAUCGUUACCCAGCAUCCUUUGCCAAACACCAUGGGCGACUUCUGGAGGCUGGUGUUCGACUACAACUGCUCCUCCAUCGUAAUGCUCAACGAGAUGGACGCGGCGCAGUUAUGUAUGCAGUACUGGCCGGAGAAGAGCUCGUGCUGCUACGGUCCCAUCCAGGUGGAGUUCAUAUCAGCGGACAUCGAUGAGGACAUCAUCAACCGGAUCUUCAGGAUCUGCAACAUGGCCAGGCCACAGGACGGUUACCGCCUGGUGCAGCACUUCCAGUUCAUCGGCUGGCCGGCCUACAGGGACACGCCUCUCUCCAAGCGCUCCAUCCUCCAGUUGGUCCGGAGGCUGGCUAAGUGGCAGGAGCAGUAUGACGGCGGAGACGGGAGGACUGUGGUGCACUGCCUUACCGGCGGAGGGCGUUCAGGAACGUUCUGUGCCAUCUGCAGCAUCAACGAGAUGAUCCAGCAGCAGAACAUCGUGGACGUUUUCCACACCGUCAAAACACUGAGGAACAACAAGACUAAUAUGGUGGAGACAAUGGAACAGUACAAGUUCUGCUACGAAGUGGCUCUGGAGGCGCUCAGCUCCUUCUGA